AGGAGACCUUCGCGGACACUAUUAAAAAGCCCCCAACGUACCUGCGGACGAUCACACGAUUCUACUCAUCCGAAUCCUUAACUCUAUUUUAUCCUCCUCAAUUCAAGUCAGAGACACACUCUUUUACUGUCAAACAUGAUUCUCAAUCUGUUAAAAGUUUUUUUUUUAUUUAUCGUAUUCAGUGCUGUUACUGCUUCGACUGCUGCUGAGGAAACUGAAAAACGAGGUUUAAUCCACGUUGAUCUUACUGAUAAGGACAUCAUUUCACCCUCUGAAUUGCCCAGGGUGGCUGGUUCAGAUGAACGAGAAACAGGAUUCAUCGGUGAUUUGAUUAUCGGAUUGAGGCGUGCAGACGAAACUGUUUUUCGUCGUACAGUCCAAGUAUCAAAUCCAACCAAACGAGUUUAUAGAACUACAAUAUCUCUGAACGUUAACAAUGGGAUUAUACACCAUUUGAGCGUAUUCAAUGAAAGGGGCAGCUUCGCUGUGGUCUGCGACGAACCGUAUACUCUCGGAAAUUCCAGAAGCAGCUUUAACGUCCGGGUGCCGCCAAAUACAGAGUCCGCGCUCACGCUAAUUGUCGCUGCUCACUAGGAGACAAUUCACUGAACAAUGAACACAUUGCCCUCGAUUUUCAAGUCAUUCAUUACUUUCUUCUCAUUUCUUAUUGUUUUUUCCUUUUUUUUUUUAAAUCAAUUUUUUACUAGUUAUUUUUUAUAUCUUUGUGACAAAAUGAUUUUAUAUACUCACUUGUGGUUCAAAUAAAAAAAGCCGUAUCUACA